AUGGUCUGGCUAAAGACUGUGGCAUUGCAAAGACUUGCAAGUGCUAAGAAUAUAGGUGCGCGAGGUGUGAUAAGGCAAAGACAAGCAACCCACCUACCGCUGCCUCCUCGCGUGUUGCGGGCUCGCUUGUUAUCGACUACAAGAGUCUUGGAAUCAGACGAUCAAGCGUCAGAACAGGGCCCGUACUCCAUUCCGUCAACACCGAUCGAUCCGUCACAGAGCCUCGUACACGCUCUCAAUAAGGCUGAACUAGAAGCCUACCAAGACAUUCGAGCAUAUCUUUCAAAUUGGCAAGCCAAUAAUCCCAACCAUUUGGAUCCCAUUUUAGAGCCAAACGAUGAUUCGAAUACUGGCCCGGUGCUGGGCUCCAUGCCUAAUGGUCGAGAAAUCCAUGGUGAAGCCGUAUGGAACGAUUCGGCCCUCACCAAAGAAGAUGAUAUCGAUGCUUCGGAGGAGUUCCAUGGCGAUAAUCUAGAGCCCGGUGACAUGGUGGCAGAGUUACUAGGGGACGGAACCUUUAGAUGGGCAAUCUACGUGCAGUCCAUCCAGAGACGUCCGCAGUUCUAUACAUCCCGUGGGAAUUGGCGUCUCUGCAAAACUCGUGAACUGGACUAUGUGAUCAAGGGCUUUGCUCCUCUGGAGCUUCUGGAUGCGAUCAAGCCAUAUUUUCCCAAAUCAGCACCCAUAAUCAAUCAAGAUAUCCAGUCCGUGCCGGAGGGAGGCGUGCCGCGGCCACUUGGUGCCCCCCUUCUGGAGAUGAUGAACAACUUCGAAGGUCACGUCCUGGACUUUUACAGAGAUCACUCGAUGAAGCUGGAUAACAUGCACAAUCUGGUGUCUGACGAUUCGGAAUUUUGUCGCUUGACUAUUGAAGAAUUGACAAUGAAAGUUCUGGACAUCGACGAGUCUCAGCUGAACAGCGUCAACCUCUUCGUUGUUCACCAAGCUGUUCGGAACAAUCCGUUUCUAAUUGAGAAGGACUCUACCUCACUGUUCAGCUUCAUGUAUCUUGUGCAACCCAAGCGGAUCUCCAGAAUAGUUCAGCAAGUCACCACUUGGGCUCACGAGCACCAAGAAUACCUCACUCGCUUCGCUAUGGGGAAGCCGAAGCAAAAUUAUCUGAAUCAGUUAGCAUCAACGACGACAGGGAUGACGGCGGAAUUUUUCCCCCAACAUCCAAUGCAGCGAUUUACCCUAAAGGCACAACGCCUGAUUCGAAUGAGUCGAAAGGUGCGGUCGCCCACAAUAAUGUCUAGUGUGGGCCCAUCAUUGCAACAGUUCGAACCUGGUGAGAAUGGCAAAGCAAUGAUGUACCGUGAGGUUUUAACGGAACAGUUUGAUCAAAAUGACAAGAUGUUUAUCGAAUACCUCCAACUUUAUGCCACCCCAUCCGUACUCAUGCCAUCGGGCACUUUGAAAUCAACGGCCUCGCAUAUCAUGCGGGUCACGGGCAUGUAUAAUACCCUCGGCCUGAGCGAGUCUUCCACUCGUAUGUUCUUGCAAGAGCUAGGCGUCAUCGCGCCGUGGGAGAAUUUGAGUCUGCUGGAUCAGACCUUGUUACUACCAGGACAUGGGGUGUCUCUCCUCGGAGAUAUGCGUUGGGAGGAGAUUGAGGAAUUGUACAGCGACUCUGCUCCACUAGUGGACUCUAUGCACCACCUUCGCAAAGACUGGGGAGAUCUGCCAGUUUACUGUAUUGACGAUAUCACCGCGCAAGAAAUUGAUGAUGCAGUCUCCCUAGAGCGCAUUCCUGGCUCAGAUGACACAUUCUGGGUCCAUAUCCACGUCGCCAACCCAACGGCUUUCUUGAAAUAUGAUGAUCCGACCAUCGAAUACGCUGCCUCUCGACUGGCAACCACAUAUGCCCCAGAGCGCACAUACCCUAUUUUCCCGGAAUCCCUUACCCAGGGACACUUCAGUCUUGCACCGGGUCGGCCAACGCUAACAUUCAGUGCAAAGAUGAACCUUGGUGGGGAGAUUCUAGAUACCGAGGUGGCAAAUGGAGUAGUGCAUAAUGUCAUCAGUGUUACGCACGGUACACUCCGGAAAUAUCUCAAUCCUGAUGCCCAUGAGAGUCAAGAAACUCUCACAGUUGGCAAAAUCAUUGAUGCCCCGUUGCCCGAGGCCAAACAGUUCCGCCAGACACUCACGCCAGAGGACAAGGACACAUUCACCACUCUACGCAAGCUUAUGCUGGGAUUCCGGACUCGGCGGCAGAGGAACGGCGCCAUGGACAUGCAGACUCUGCGUCCAAACAUAUCCCUGACAGUCCAAGCCGGUACGGUACCCCUCAAACCCUACGAUAUACAAGUUACAGAAGGAAGAUAUUAUCUUGGCGACCCGGCUAUCCAAUUACGCAUGCAGGAUUUCAAUCCGCAUGACGUCCGUGACGAGUCAAAGAACUACCUCAUCUCAAUGUUGAUGAACUUGGCUGGUCAUAUCGCUGGCCAGUUCUGCGCCACUCGCAAUAUUCCUGCUGUCUAUGACGGCACCUGGUAUGACCCGGAAUAUGGUCGUGUCACGUCCAAAAAUAUCAAAGAGUUUGGUGGCCAGAAGUUUCUGGAAUUGACCAUGCCGAAGGCAUUUUCUUCCUCUGAGCCUGUGCAUCAUCAUAUGCUUGGAUUGGAUGCAUAUGUCAAGAGCACGAGUCCGUUGCGUCGGUUCACGGAUGUGAUUGUACAUUAUCAAAUCGAGGCUGCGCUGCGUUUUGAAGCUGAACAUGGUCGUCGAUUUAAUGCAGCGGUCGAUAUGCCCGAUCCUGAGAAUGAAGAGGAAAUAAUGAAUAUUUCUCUUGAUCAGGAUCAGGCUUUGGCAGCGGAAGCUGCGAGCGAGUCUGAAAAUCCUGAGAACGAAGAGGAAAUAAUGGAUCUUUCUCUUGAUCAGGAUCAGGCUUUGGCAGCGAAAGCUGCGAGCGAGUCUGAAACGAGGCCGAAAUCUGGCAUUGAACCUUUACUCGAUUCCAACUCUCUACCACAAGCCCUCCCCUACACCAAAUCUGACAUAGAUUCCCACAUCCUUUACUCAAUCCCGAUCCGUACCCGUCUUCGCGAAGUCUCCCAAUACUCAUCCCAGCACUGGGCCUGCAUGCUUCUCUUCCGCGCAUUCUAUUUCUCGGGCUGUUCGUUGCCAGCAACUUUCCCUGUCUUACUUCGCACUCAGCGUGUCUUGCCUGAGCGGGAUGGAACCGUUUAUUCCGGUGUUAUCUCUAACCUGGGCAUCAACUGCUCUGUUACAAUUCCGGAUGAUUGUGCGGAUAAGGAUCGGAUGGACAUCUUUGGGAUUGUCGAUGCGAAGAUUACCGCUGUUAAUGUCGCUCAGCUAGAGGUUAAGAUGGAAGCUUUGAGCUUGAUAAGAGAGUAUGAGAGGGUUGGGGAGUGGGCUUAA